AUGCACACCUCCUGCAGCCUCCAGGCCCUGCUGCCGCCCCUGUUGCUGCUGCUGCUGCUGGGGGCCACUGCAGCCCUCAAGGAGGAGGAGAAGCUAGCCAUGGUGAAGCUGCACAACCUCUACCGCGCCCAGGUGUCCCCUCCCGCCUCCAACAUGCUGCUGAUGAAAUGGGACGAGGAGCUGGCGGCCUUCGCCAAGGCCUACGCGCAGAAAUGCGUCUGGGGUCACAACACGGAGCGCGGGCGGCGCGGGGAGAACCUGUUCGCCAUCACGGACGAGGGCAUGGACGUGCCGCUGGCCGUGGAGGAGUGGCACCAGGAGCGCCAGCACUACAACCUCAGCGCAGCUGCCUGCGACCCGGGCCAGGUGUGCGGCCACUACACGCAGGUAGUCUGGAGUAAGACAGAGAGGAUCGGCUGUGGUUCCCACUUCUGUGAGACGCUCCAGGGAGUUGAGGAGACUAACAUCCAUUUACUGGUGUGCAACUAUGAGCCCCCGGGGAACGUGAAGGGGCAGAGGCCCUACCAGGAGGGGACUCCGUGCUCCCAAUGCCCCGCUGGCUAUGACUGCAAGAACUCGCUCUGCGUGAACUUGGCCGAACCCAGGAGGGACCCAGAAGAAACGCAGGAUUUGCCUCAUCUGGAAACUGAAGCCUGGACCACUCUGGCAACUGAAGUCUCAGGCUCUAAGGAGACUGAUAGUCCAACAGUAGCCACAGAGACUCCAUCCUUCUCUAUAACAGAGGUUUCAGGCUCCCCAGCAACCAAGGUCCCAACUUCCUUAGCAACGGAGAAGCCCUUCUCCAUGGUAACAGAGGCUCAGCCCUCCCUAGCCCCUGAGGUCCCUUCUGCUCUUGCAACCCAGAGAGCACAUUCCUCAGAUGAAGGACUAGUUAUCUUCCCCCAGUCAACCCAUGAUCCUGUCCCCAAGCCUGUGGACAAAGGAGCCAGCAAGACAAGCAUACCCUCCUCCAUCGGCCCAGAGAUAUCUCUGUACCCCAAGAUGGUCCCUAAAGGGGCAGGAGAGCCCCUACCCCAUUCCCCCGAGGAGGCCGAGGCCGAGCCGCCUUCUCCCAGUGAGGUCUUGACCGCAGUUUUUCCAGAGGAGGACAAUCCAGGUGAAGUGCAGGUCACUGCGGACCACACAGGCCACACCUCCUCCAAGUCCCUGCCCAAUUCCCCCAUCGCCUCAGCUAAUGCCAUGGGCGGGCUGACCCUGGCCCUGCAGUCAUCCUUGCCAGGGACAGAGGGGGCUGAAGAGCCCGGGAGGGACCUAAGGCUGAACUCUAGUCACACUUGUGCCCCUCUCCUGGUGCUGCUGCUGCUUCCCCUGCUGUUGGCUUCCAUUUUCUGA